UACCCGCGGGUGCCGCUCAAGCUGUACUGGUGCAUUCAACGCCUAUGCCGGAAGAUUCGGUCACAGUUAUAGGCCCGGAUUUCAAUCAAAAACUAUCAAUUCCCAAUUUAAUAAGUAGUUAUGAUAGAAUCGGUUACCAAGCAACAAACGUCGGGAGAGCCAUACGAGUUAUCAAUCAAAUGAGAAAAUGGCGAUUAUCAGAUGAUCCAAUAUUACCUGAUGAGAGUGAUGAGUACAAGGUACCAAGCGUACGAUCGGCUACCAAAUGCAAAAUAUUUCUUGGAUACACCUCAAACCUUGUAUCCUCCGGUCUUCGCGAAAUCUUCCGGUACUUGGUUCAGCAUUCGCUCGUGGAUGUGAUUGUCACAACGGCGGGUGGUGUUGAAGAAGACUUCAUCAAAUGCUUGGGUUCUACAUACCUAGGCGACUUUCAUUUGCCUGGUGCACAGUUGAGGAAGAAUGGAAUGAAUCGGAUUGGUAAUUUGCUGGUUCCUAAUGAUAACUACUGUAAAUUCGAGGAUUGGGUGAUACCAAUCUUGGAUCAAAUGUUGGAAGAACAGAAAAAAGAAAGGAUAGUGUGGUCACCCUCAAAGAUCAUCGAUAGAUUGGGUAAGGAGAUCAACAAUCCUGAGUCGAUAUAUUACUGGGCACAUAAGAAUAAUAUUCCAGUGUAUUGCCCAGCACUCACAGAUGGAUCGCUGGGAGACAUGAUCUAUUUUCAUUCGUUUAAAAAUCCAGGGCUCAUAAUAGAUCUGGUGUCGGACAUCAGAUCGGUGAAUAAUCAAGCAGUAUUUGCUAAGAAAACGGGGAUGAUAAUACUGGGAGGAGGAGUAGUAAAGCAUCACAUAUGCAAUGCCAACCUCAUGAGAAACGGAGCAGAUUACGCUGUUUACAUAAAUACCGGACAAGAGUUUGACGGAAGUGAUUCGGGAGCAAGGCCGGAUGAAGCUGUUAGUUGGGGUAAGAUUAGGAUGGCGGCCGAAUCAGUUAAGAUUUAUUCGGAUGCCACCAUUGUGUUCCCGCUCAUC